AUGUUAAGCAAUCGUCCCUCCAGAGGAGAAACUCGCCCCGGUAAGGUUUUGCCCGGCAAGUACAUCGUCAAGUUCAGAGAUGGCUCUGCCGAUGCCACCCUGACCACAGCCGCUGGCAAGCACAAAGCAAACCACGUCUACAAGAGUGCCUUCAAGGGGUCCGCGGGUGCUUUCAGUACUGCCUCUGUUAAGGAAAUCAGGAAGUUACCAGAGGUCGAGUACGUCAAAGAAGACGCCGUCAUCACCAUCGCUGAUGGCUUCAACACCACAACCGGCGCCUUUCCCCACGCUAUCGUCUCCCAGACGAACGCACCCUGGAACCUUGCCUGCCUGUCCAGCCACACCCCCGUAUCCAGUGCCUACAAGUAUGAAAGCACCGCCGGUAGCGGUACUUGCUCCUAUAUUGUCGAUACGGGCAUCAUCACUACCCUCGCUGAAUUCUCUGGCCGCGCAGUCUUCGGCGCCAACUUCGCAAACGAGGGCAACACCGCUGACGGGAACGGGCACGGAACCUCCGUGGCAGCUGUUGUCGGCGGCACCACCUUCGGUGUAGCAAAGCUAACCAAGCUCAUAGCCGUCAAGAUCUUUGACGCAAGCGGCUCGGGAACUAACUCGGCAGUGAUCGCCGCCCUCAACUGGAUCGUAACCGACAAAGCCACCCGUGGCUGUCCCGCCGGUGUCUCUGCCGUGAUCGCCGCCAGCGGCAGCUUCUCCUCGGCCUUGAACGCCGCGGUCAACAACCUUGUUGCUAACGGU